AUUCGGUCAUAUUUUUGGGAUGACUCUUGUCAACUCUUGGUAGAGUAUGUAUUUUGGUCUAACUCUUGGGUUGAAUUCCUCCGAUCUUUUCUUUAGCACUCUCGUGAACGAUCCUCACCUUCUGCAGGUUUCCAUCUAAAGGAGUCGAUUCUUCGGUGAAUCGAGUCACAUAACGGAUGCAAACCCCUUCGCAGAAUAAAAAUUCUGUCGUGAUUGACACGGAAAAAUACACUCGUUCAAAGACAGAGGAUGAGUCUUUGAGUGACCUUGGGGAGCCUAAGGAGUUCUACUAUACUCGUAGCUUAACAAAAAGGCUAUUGAGAUGGGGUGUCGAAGCUCGAGGGAUUGCGCCUGCACCUCUGUGUGAAAGGACGGAUACCCAGUUUCACAAGCUCUUCUUCCUGUGGUUUUCAAUGAAUUUUAAUAUUCUGUCCUUCUCUGCGGGCUCUCUAGGGCCUGUAAUAUUCGGCCUUGGACUGAGAGACUCGUGUCUGGUCAUCCUCUUCUUCAAUCUCCUAGCUAGUGCCCUUCCUGCCUAUCUGACGACAUGGGGACCCAAAAUAGGCUUGCGUCAAAUGUGUCAAGCACGAUACAGUUUUGGUUACUAUGGAAUCAUCUUACCCAGUAUCCUGAACAUGGCUUCCAUGAUGGGCUUCUGCAUUCUGAAUUGUAUACUUGGUGGUCAAACAUUAUCCAGCGUCUCAAAUGGAAACCUCAGUUGGAGUGUGGGAAUAGUCAUAAUCUCAGUCAUUUCUUUGCUUGUAUCGUUCUGCGGAUAUAGGGUCCUCAACUGGUAUGAGCGCAUCGCUUGGAUCCCAGUCCUUGUCGUCUACGUUGUCGCUCUAGGACUUGGUGGAAAACACCUGUCCAAUCAGCCCCCUACGGAGCCCGCAUCUGCGCCUGCCAUAUUAUCUUUUGCGUCAGUCAUAGCUGGAUUUGUAAUAACUUUUUCUCCUCUCUCCUCGGAUUUCACGACAUAUUAUGUACCUUCCGUAUCACCCUGGAAAUUAUUUUGUUAUUCGUAUUUAGGUUUCAACAUCCCAAUCAUUACAAUUCAGUGUCUCGGGGCUGCUGUGGUACUUGCAGCACCAUCCGUCCCGGCAUGGAAUGAAGGGUACGAGAAUGGAAAUGUCGGCGGGCUCCUCGAGGCCAUGCUGCACCCAGUUGGAGGAUUCGGCAAAUUCUUAACGGUGCUGAUGGCGCUUUCCGUUACUGCCAAUGUCUCCCCGACUCUCUACUCCUUCGGUCUGAGCUUCCAGAUAUUCAUGCCUUUCUUGGUGGUCGUACCAAGAUACCUUUUCUCGCUUCUAGCCAUUGCAAUCAUCAUUCCACUCUCUAUAGUUGGACAACACAAGUUUUAUGAUACCCUAACGAACUUCCUGGGCUUAAUUGGAUAUUGGGCGAGCGCGUUUGGUGCAAUCAUCCUUAUGGAACACUUCGUCAUCCGACGAGGCGAUUUCUCCUCAUACGAUCUACGAUACUGGAACAACCCUCGAAAACUUCCGACUGGCCUAGCGGCGUUGGGAGCUUGCGCUUUGGCAUGCGGUCUUAUCGUACCUUCCAUGGAUCAAGUGUGGUUCGUUGGGCCCAUUGCGAAGAAGACUGGAGACAUCGGUUUCGAAUUGGCUUUCUUUGCCACGGCACUGUUCUACAUCCCGCUGAGAUACAUAGAACUCAAAUACAAAAGUUUGGUCUAAGUAACGACAUAGAAUCAUACCCAGACACUAAACGUACAAUGUUAGAAAUGUAUGCAAUAUUAUGAUACAUGCGAAGAAUCCCCUCUGGUAAUAACGAAAAACUAUUGCUAC